GGAGGUUAGAAAAUGCUGCUAAUAAAAGGUUUAUCAGCAAAGUGAUGUCUCUGCUGGAACGUGAGGCUGACCCCGAGUGCUAUCCAUUACACAAUGCUUGUGUGAAUAGUCACCUGGAGAUAGUGAAGGCACUUGUUGAGGCUGGAGCAGACACUGAGAGAUGGGAUCGUUUGGGCAGAUUUCCAGUUCAUUAUGCAGCCAUGUAUGGUCAUAAGGAGGUGUUGGUUUACUUGAUCAGGGAUUGCAAGUGCAGCGCUGAUACCAGGGACAAGAACAACGAUACUCCACUCCACUAUGCAUGCCAUGUUGGUCACCUAGAUAUGGUGCAGUACUUGGUGGAGGAGGCCCACUGUGACAUCAAUGUACGGAACAACAACAACCAGACUGUACUUCAUACAGCCUGCAGUUACCUCCUAUAUAAACCUAUGUUUGGUACGACAUGGAUACUUUCCGGUUCGCUUGCAGUAGUGCAGUACUUGGUUGAGAAGGCUAACUUUGACAUCAAUGCAACUGAUAAUAAAGGCAGGACACCACUUGACUUCGCUAAAGAAAGAGAUUACAAGGACCUUGUUGACUACCUCAAGACUCGACUGGAAUCAUCUAGACAACCAGGAAAAGAUGGUGUUGGGAGUCAAACAGCUGUUCCACUCACACAAGACGAGGCUGAUGCUCUGCAGAAGCUUCUCGAGGGAGCACAAGUCACCAUUGGUCAUCCCAUUGUUGCUGGCACAACCACUCUGGAGGAUGUUCAGCAGCUGCUUACUCAGAGAGGACUGGAGAUUAUGGCCGACGACCUCAGGACAAGACUCAGACUAAUUAUGACUGAGCAACAAAGAAACCUCGAGAUACUCAACAAUCUAAUGACAGAUGAAGACACUAUCGAUAUUAGCUACCCAAGGCUAUUUCUUGUUGGGCCGCCAUCUGUUGGCAAGACGACCACACUCAAUCGACUGCUGGGGGAGUUUGAGAACAUUGACUCUGCUGGAGACAAAGCCAAGCUUAGAAGCACACUGCUUGCUAACUGCAAACAAAUACUUGCCUUCGUUAAUGAAAACACAGCAAAAUGGUUGUCAUCCAAAGAUGUUGACGAAGAAACAAAGCUCUUGUUUGGCUACUUACGUGAAUCUAAGUCUGAAACCACUCCUAACAAAAAGAUAAGCAUCGCAACCUCAACCGAUUCUCCUGUAUUAAUACGCAAGCAAAGAACUCGAUCUAAAAUACCACAAUAGUGUUUCCUAAAGAAAGCAGAUCACCACUACACCAAGCCACAGCUGCUCAGCGUACGACAAUGAGUCAUCCAAGAAGCAAACUAUUACCAAUAAAAUCAGAAUUACAACAGCUAAUAAAAAAUGCGGAUUAUUCCAAAAUGGCC